CUCGGUUCCCUGGGGGCCGGUUCAGUGCUUGUCGGUGCUACGGCCGCUGCACCUGGGGUCGCGGGUGUCUGUGAGUGUUCCCCCUCAACCCAUCGCGGACGCCCCUGCUCCCUCCGGAGGCCGAGGCUCAAGCUGGUGCCGAGGUCCGGGCGCCUGGAGGUGCGAAGGGAGCCAGAUAUUGCUGCCCGCCCUCAGGUGACCGUUCGCCUUCAAGGGGUCAGCCGCCUGCGUUCAUUCACCCUUGUCCGCUUCUCCGCUAGUAUCCGUGCCCCGCGCUCACCGCCCCGCCUCUCCCCUCGGGCGUCCUUGUGCCGCAGGUGUCCUCCCCCGCAGGUGAACCCGCGCCCGGCCAUGGUGGACGUGCUGGGCGGGCGGCUCCUGGUGACCUGCGACGGCGCGUGGGUGGAGGCCGAGGCGGCGCUGCAGAACAAGGUGGUGGCGCUCUACUUCGCCGCGGGCCGGUGCGCGCCCAGCCGUGACUUCACGCCGCUGCUCUGCGACUUCUACGAGGAGCUCGUGGACGAGGCGCGGCCGCCCGCGCCCUUCGAGGUGGUCUUUGUGUCCGCCGACGGCAGCGCGCAGGAAAUGCUGGAAUUCAUGCAGGAGCUGCACGGCGCCUGGCUGGCGCUGCCCUUCCAUGACCCCUACCGGCACGAGCUGAGGGCCAGGUACCACAUCACGGCCAUCCCCAGGCUUGUGAUCCUGAAACCCAGCGGGGAGGUCAUCACCGACAAAGGGCGGAAGCAGAUCCGGGAGCGGGGGCUGGCCUGCUUCCAGAACUGGGUGGAGGCAGCCGACAUCUUCCAGAAUUUCUCCGGUUGAGCUGGGGGCCGGUCUCCGGGGGGCCUGCACCGGUGUGCAGUCACUCCUGUUGCUGCAGCUUCCACCCGGCAGAGAAGAAGAGCAUGCUGUCUCUCUAUGUUGAUGGUUUCUUUCAGAGCAGAGGCACUCAUCUGUGAUGGAAAGAAAAUGUUGCUCAGGGAAUGCCCUCCCUCUAGCUUUGUUGCUAGUUAUUUUUAUUGUUCUUAGCAUAGUUUUCUCCACAUGAGCUUAAGUGUGUUCACAAUGAGCUAUUGGAAAUCUAUGCAAAACAUGUAUUUAUACAAGCUCUUCAGGUAAAAUGGCAUAUUUAUUG